AUGUACUCGGAUUUACGUAGUUGGCCAAUCUUCAAUUCACUGGAGCCGAAGUUCGUCUCCCAGAUUCAUAUGGUUUUCGUAUAUGGUAAGUUGGGAAAUGAAGCCCUAAUCGUGACGAAGGACAAAAUGGUAUACGGCUUAGGUAACAACGUUAACGGUUGUUUGGGGAUCGGAGACGAAAACUCCACGCUAGAAUUGAAAAAAGUAGAGGCUCUGUGCGGGAAAGAUAUAAAGACGUUCGCGUGUGGCAUCGGACCUCAUGUUUUGGCGCUCACAAAAGAGGGAGAGGUAUACUCUUGGGGCAGCAACCAUUGUGGCCAACUAGGGCAUGGUAGUAUAAUAGAUAACGCGCCUAUGCUAAACGUACCUAUUCUAGUAAAAGAGGACAUCAUAGAUAUUGCAUGUGGCAGUUCUCAUUCCACCGUUUUAACCAAGGAUUGCAAAAUUUACAUGUGGGGAGAUAAUCAAUACUUACAACUGGGUUUCCUCAAUUCUCAACACUAUUCUGAUGAAUAUAACAAUUAUUAUAAUGGAAGAUUCUAUACUACAUCUCAACUUACAUUUAGAGCUAUACCUGUAUUACUGGAGUUAAUCAAUGAGAUGAAGGUUGUCUGUGUUUCCUGCGGUGGGACUUUUACCAUUGUGAUUACUGAAAAUGGCAAAGUGUAUAGUUGUGGCAACAAUAGCGUCGGUCAGUUGGGGAGACCGAGUAAUAAAAAUAUAGAUGAGUUGCGACAAGUCGAUUCUUUGAAUGACAAAGCAUUCACAGUCAUCAAGGUAGUUUGUGGAUUUGAACAUACGCUGGCACUCACAGACGACAGACAGAUCUAUGCUUGGGGCGGGAACAAUAACGGCCAAUUGGGAAUCGGGAACCAAAACGAUUCCACUAAACCAAUUUUGGUCGAGUGUGAACUGCAACGGAUAAAAUGGAUUGACAUUGUAGCUUUGUCUUGCUAUAACAUAAGCGUUGCUGUCAGCGAAGAAGGAUGUGUCUAUGUCUGGGGCGAUUGCCGCGGUGAAAGCAUCUUAACACCAACCGCCACUUCGUUCUCAAACGUACACGAUGCAAUUGCGUACUAUGGGCCGAGCGUUAUGCACAAACCGUUGGUUUUAUACAUGAGCGAAGGGCCGAGCAUAUUAGAAUCCUUGAAAGCUUCUUUCGAUGAAUCUUCUACGAGCGAUCUCAAGAUACAAGUGGAGGACCAAUUUAUCCACGUGCACAAAGCUAUCUUAAUGAUCCGCUCCGAGUACUUCAAAAACAUGUUUCAGCACGAUUGGAUAGAAAACAAUCAAAAUGUCAUCAAACAUGAUCAGUUUUCCUAUGCAGUUUACAAAGCCUUCCUAAAGUAUUUAUAUAUCGAUGCAAUCGAUUUACCUAUAGAGGAGGUAUCAGAUCUUUUGGAUCUGGCUGAGAGUUACUGCGAGAAAAGUCUCAAGCAUUCCUGCAUUCAGAUGAUAAAGCAAGGAAUUACUGCAUCCAAUGUUGAAUAUUUUCAUGGUAUUGCAUUGAAGUAUGCUUUAGAGGAGCUAAAAGAUUUAUGUAUCAAGUUUACCAAUAAUCACUUGACAGCUGUGACGUAGACGGUAAAUUUCGUUAAGCUGAACCGAGAUACGAUGAAAGCUUUUAUAAUUGAAGCGGGAAAGACUGAUGGUUUUAGGAAGUAAUUAAGUAAGUCUAUUUUCCUCAAA